GAGCUCUUGGAGAACUGGGAUCGCGAGGCCGGUGCGCGGCGCUCUGCGCGGUCAAAGCGAGCGCGGGGCGGCAGCGGCGGCAGCAGGAGCGCAGCAGCCCCCCGCGCGGCCGCCGCUUCCGUGCCGCCAGCUGCGGCGGCUGCAGCCUGGGAAGCGAGGCCGGGAGAGCCGGCGUGCGCACUUUCCCGCGGACUUUCGGAGUGUUUGUGGAUUUACAUGCCAAGCCAUCAAGAUGAUGUCCAUGAACAGCAAGCAGCCUCACUUUGCCAUGCAUCCCACCCUCCCUGAGCACAAGUACCCGUCGUUGCACUCCAGCUCCGAGGCCAUCCGGCGGGCCUGCCUGCCCACGCCGCCGCUGCAGAGCAACCUCUUCGCCAGCCUAGACGAAACGCUGCUGGCGCGGGCCGAGGCGCUGGCGGCCGUGGACAUCGCCGUGUCCCAGGGCAAGAGCCACCCGUUCAAGCCGGACGCCACGUACCACACGAUGAACAGCGUGCCCUGCACGUCCACGUCCACCGUGCCGCUGGCGCACCACCACCACCACCACCACCAUCACCAGGCGCUCGAGCCGGGCGACCUGCUGGACCACAUCUCGUCGCCCUCCCUCGCGCUCAUGGCUGGCGCGGGCGGCGCGGGCGCGGCGGGCGGCGGCGGUGGUGCCCACGACGGUCCGGGGGGAGGUGGCGGCCCAGGGGGCGGCGGCGGCCCAGGCGGUGGCGGCCCGGGGGGCGGCGGCGGCGGCGGUGGCCCGGGGGGCGGUGGCGGCGGCCCCGGCAGCGGGCUGCUGGGCGGCUCGGCGCACCCGCAUCCGCACAUGCACGGCCUGGGCCACCUGUCGCACCCCGCGGCGGCGGCCGCCAUGAACAUGCCGUCGGGGCUGCCGCACCCAGGGCUGGUGGCGGCGGCGGCGCACCACGGCGCGGCGGCAGCGGCGGCAGCGGCAGCGGCCGGGCAGGUGGCGGCGGCGUCGGCGGCUGCGGCGGUGGUGGGCGCCGCGGGCCUGGCGUCCAUCUGCGACUCGGACACGGACCCGCGCGAGCUCGAGGCGUUCGCCGAGCGCUUCAAGCAGCGGCGCAUCAAGCUGGGCGUGACGCAGGCCGACGUGGGCUCGGCGCUGGCCAACCUCAAGAUCCCGGGCGUGGGCUCGCUCAGCCAGAGCACCAUCUGCAGGUUCGAGUCGCUCACGCUCUCGCACAACAACAUGAUCGCGCUCAAGCCCAUACUGCAGGCAUGGCUCGAGGAGGCCGAGGGUGCGCAGCGCGAGAAAAUGAACAAGCCGGAGCUCUUCAACGGCGGCGAGAAGAAGCGCAAGCGGACUUCCAUCGCAGCGCCUGAGAAGCGCUCCCUCGAGGCCUACUUCGCGGUACAACCUCGGCCCUCGUCUGAGAAGAUCGCCGCCAUCGCCGAGAAACUGGACCUCAAAAAGAACGUAGUGCGGGUGUGGUUUUGCAACCAGAGACAGAAGCAGAAGCGGAUGAAAUUCUCCGCCACUUACUGAGGGGGGUAGGAGGUGCCGGGUGGGACAGAGCGGGGAGCUGAAUGGGGCAUUGAGCGGGCUUUUCCCGGGCCUGCUUCCCCACCAGCCCAUUUGGAGUGUCGGUUAUCCUGCUUGCAUUAGGAGAGUUCUUCCUUUUGCGCUCUCUUCCGCCCCCUUUCUGCUCUCCCUGCCUUAAUCCUCCCCUAGCCUAGAAGACUAGGGUGUUGG